UCGAGAUAUCGAAACAUAUUACAUGGUUUCUAGCUUUGUAACACGUGUGAGUUAAGAGUAAAUUAUUAAAAAUUUUUUAAAAGAAUUUAUUUUUUAUCAACGGUAAUUACAUUCAUUAAAUCAUGUCGACCAUACUUGAUAGUUCUUCUUUCGAUGAUGACAUUAAAUCAAAGAAAGAUGAUAACGAAUUACGAGAAUUCUUAACGAUUCAAGAAGAAACGGCACGGUUUAAUGCACAGAUCCACGAAUUUAAUGAAUUAUGUUGGGAUAAAUGUGUUGAUAAACCAGGAAAUAAAUUGGAUAGUCGGACAGAAACGUGUUUACAUAAUUGUGUGGAUAGAUUCAUUGACGUUUCAUUACUUAUUACUUCCCGUUUUGCUCAAUUGUUACAGAAAUCAGGAGGAAUAUAGAAUGUAUAUUAUUCGUACAUAUUUAUAUUUAUAUAUAAAUUCAAAUAAUAAGGUCACUUAAUUUAUAUGCAAUUGUAUUUUGGAUAUAUAAUUUCAACAACUGUGCUUAUGCAAAAUUUUUCAUUGAUGUAUAUGUAGGACUCUGUUAUUAUUAGGUUAUUAAAAUUAUUAC